AUGAAAGUUUUCCUUGGUGUCAGCUUCUUCCUGGCUUUCUUGGACCCAGGGACCUCUCUUCAGUGUGAGGUUUGUCACAGCAUAGGAAAAAGUUGCUCUGGCCCCAUGAAAACCUGUAGUGGCAGUGAAGAUACCUGUGGUGUUAUUCUGCACGAGGUCAUGAUGGGGGGGAUGGCAAUCCCUUCGUCCAUCAAAACCUGCCUGCCAUCCAGCAUUUGCCAGAUUGGCCCUAUCACCAUGAACUACGGCAAGGUAAAAGCAAGGAGCCACUUGGCUUGCUGCACAGGUGCUGACUGUCGAACGAUCUCUGUCUCAUUGCCACCAGAGGACAACAUACCUAAUGGAUACCAGUGUCCCGCCUGCUACAGCGUGGACUCCUUCCAGUGUGGUAACGAAACCGUGAACUGCACUGGAUAUGAAACCCAGUGUGUUGACCUUGCUGGGUUAAUGAAUUCUGGUGGACUGUCUCUGAAAGCUGCCAUGAAGGGUUGCACUACCAUUUCUGAAUGCAAUAUUGUAGGAGAUGGAAAAAACAAUCUGGGGAUGAUGGACAUAAAGUUAAGACGGUUCCAAUGCAAACCAGCUUCUGUUUUGGCCAGAGUGACUUCUGGGUUUGCCCCUCCAGAUGUCCUCUUCCUCCCUGUACUGUCAGGAUUCAUCCUGGAGAAGGUACUUUUCUGA